CUUCCCGUCAAACAUACAGCCAGCUAACCUGCUAGCUCUGAUCCGUUGCCAGGAGAUCAACUAGCAAGAUCGGUCGAUCAACAUGGAGCUGCUUCUCCUGCUCACAGUGCUCCUCCUUGCGCACGCGGUGGCCUACCUGGCUUGGACCUCCUUGGCCCGUCGACGGCAGUCGCGGUGCUACCUCCUGGACUACGUCUGCCACAAACCGUCGGACGACCGCAAAGUGAACACAGAGGUCGCCGGCGACGUGGUCCAGCGUAACUCGCGCCUGGGCCUGUCCGAGUACCGCUUCCUCCUCCGCGUCAUCAUCCGCUCCGGCAUCGGCGAGGAGACCUACUGCCCGCUUAACAUCCUGGAGCAGCGGGAGGACGCGCCCACCCACCAGGACGCGGUGGACGAGAUGGACGCCUUCCUCGACGCCACCGUCGCCGGCCUCUUCGCCAAGAGCGGCUUCGAGCCCCGCGACGUGGACGUCCUCGUCGUCAACGUGUCCAUGUUCUGCCCGGCGCCGUCCCUCGCCGCUCGGAUCGUGCACCGCUACGGCAUGCGCGAGGACGUGGCCGCGUACAACCUGUCGGGGAUGGGGUGCAGCGCCGGCCUGGUGUCGCUGGACCUGGCGCGCAACGCACUGCGGACACGGCGGAACGCGACGGCGCUGGUGGUCUCGACGGAGUCCAUCGCGCCCAACUGGUACUCCGGGAUCGACAAGUCCAUGAUGCUGGCCAACUGCCUGUUCCGCUGCGGCGGGUCGGCGGUUCUGCUGACCAACGACCCGGCGCACCGGGGCCGGGCCAAGAUGGAGCUGAGCUGCCUGGUGCGCUCCAACAUCGCCGCCAACGACGACGCGCACCUGUGCGCCCAGCAGCGGGAGGACGAGGAAGGGCGCGUGGGGAUCUCCCUGAGCAAGAACCUGCCCAAGGCCGCCGUCCGGGCCUUCUCCGUGAACCUCCGGACCCUGGCGCCGCUGAUCCUCCCCGUGUCCGAGCUCGCGCGGUUCUCCGCGCAGCUCAUGUGGAAGAAGAUCCUGCGACGCGGCAGCAAGCAGCAGCGCAAGGGCGGCGAGGGCGGCCCCAAGAUCAACUUCAAGACGGGCGUGGACCACUUCUGCCUCCACCCGGGCGGCACGGCGGUGAUCGAGGCGGUGAAGCGGAGCCUGGGGCUGGACGACGGCGACGUGGAGGCGGCGCGGAUGACGCUGCACCGGUGGGGGAACACGUCGGCGAGCAGCCUGUGGUACGUGCUGUCGUACAUGGAGGCCAAGGGGAGGCUGAGGAGAGGCGACAGGGUGCUCAUGGUCACCUUCGGCUCCGGGUUCAAGUGCAACAGCUGCAUGUGGGAGGUGAAGGGCGACAUGACCGACAAGGGCGCGUGGGCCGACUGCAUCGCCGACUACCCGCCGGAGAGCACCGCCAACCCCUACAUGGACAAAUACGGGUGGCUCAACGACGUCGAAGGCGACACCCUCAUAUUUUAGUUCCUCACUCCAUAUACUACUCAUCACUACGUACCCCGGUCACUCGUCGGUGUGAAAUUACAUGCAUAUAUACAUUUCUGUGUGGAGCGUGCUAGCUAGCAGCAAAGCAAUAUUAAGUUAGCUAGCACCAUCAUGUACGUACGUAAUUAAGUAGGCAUGCUUGUUUUUUCUCCAUCAGCUGUUACGCACACAUAGGCAAGUUUUAGCGAAUCAAGCGUUUGUUUAGACUGUACCAUAUUUAUCAGUACCUUAGACUCGUCACACUCAAGAUUCAAGAUACAUACAUACCUUAGACUCGCCACAACAAUAAUAUCGGCGAUUUUCUUUUUCCAA